AUGGGAAAGGCAGAACGGUGUGGAAUAUGGAUGCUAACAGUGCUCAUGGAUAAUAAGAAAAUUCUUAAAACAAAUGAGACUAUGGAAGCUGCAGGAUAUGGAGAAGCUGAGUUGAUCCAGAUGCCGAGAUUCUCGAUACAUAAAAUGUACAUCCAACUAAGAGGAGUAUUCUCAAAGGUAACUUGGAGAAGAUUAGUUUGUAACAACAAGGGGUCGCCAAAAUGGAUUUUUAUGCUACGACUGGCCAUCCAUGCGAAGCUACUCACCAAAGCCAAACUGCUGAAAUGGGGGGUAGUACAAGACGCGGAAUGCUCUUUCUGUAAUACAACGAAGGAAUCUGUAGCACACCUGAUGUUUGAAUGCAACAUAUCAGCCGGAGUUUGGAAAAGGCUACUAGUAAUAUGGCAAGGCGUAACUCGACAAACAUUGAACUGGCAAGGAGAAGUGCUUUGGGCUAGCACACACCACAAGAGGAAAACACCAGAUGCUGUCUAUAGAAUGACCAUGGCAAGUGCUGUCUAUCACAUUUGGCAAGAACAAAAUGCAAGACUAUUCAAACAGAAGCAAUGA